AUGCAGAAGCCCCAGUCUGGCGGUGAUCCUUUCUUUGUAAACCGCAGCUACGAGCUGGUGCCGAGGCCGCCGAGCUGGGACGAUCCCCUCAUAUCCCACGAUCUGUUCCAUCUGCACCAAGAUCCCGCAAAACCUGAGCACCGCGCUGGCCCACGCGAAGACGAGUACGAGCACGCCCUGAUUCUGGCGCGGAUGGCCUCCAAUCCGGUCGAUGCUGCACUCCCGUCCUCGUUUCCACUCGCCCAGGUGUCAGUAAUGAGCCUGGGCUGCUCAAGCUCGAUGCCGCCGGGUGGGAUUCCCAGCAAAUCGCCUGCAGACACUCUCUCGGCCAGCCAAAGCGUCCAUAGCGGCCGCUCCUCCGAUUCGGCACCAAGAUCGUCCCACAGCCCCACAGAAGCUCCUGUCGUCCCAGGCGGCCAGGGUGCGCUGAACAUGACCCAGUCCCAGCCCGCGGCUCCGUCGAAAGGCAGUCACUCGACACGGAGAGCGCCCAGAUCAACCCGGGACAGCUCAAGUCCAACCGAUGCCAAUCCGCCUCUGCCUUCCUCCUCCUCGAAUCGCAUGUCCGUCGACCUCAAGUCUGUCUCGGUCGAGAUGACUGGCCCGGCCGCAGCGCUGAGCGGCCGCUUCUCCAGCUCUUCUGCAUCACCGCCUCCACCGGCAACAACAGCUGGGGACCGCAACCACCUGAAGCGGAUAAAGAACACCGAGUCCGCACGCCGAUCGCGGCUGAAGAAGGCACAGAAAAUCGAAGGGCUGCAUACAUCGAUUUCGCACUUCAGCAAGGAGAAUACGCAGCUGGUCACCCGGAUCGCCACCCUCGAGAGUGAAAAGAAUGCUUGGCAGGAUCGAGAGCCCGAGCUCAAGCUGCAGAUCAACGAACUGGAAAGGCGACUCGAGACGCUGAGGGGCAUCAUCAUCGGCAAACUGGCAUCGCGCUCAGGACCGGCCCCUGCACCUGCCUCCAAAUCGUCGACCUCGCUGGGCACCCUGCAGCUGCUGCUCAAGGUCGAGAGCACCAUGGAGGAGCAGCAAUAA